AUGUCGUUUUGGAUUUUAAAAAAAUAGUAAUACAUUCAUCUUGUUCUGAAAUUAAACUGGAUAUGAAGAUCACAAAUAAUUGCUUUCAACGAUAGUAAGGCAGUUACCGUACACACUUUCCUUCCAGGUCCUGUCGUUUUUCUACAUGCUGCUUUCAGCAUGGCACCGAAAGGAAAGAACAGUAAGGCAAUAGCCAAAACACAUUUUGUAAAUGUAAAGGACGAGUUUGAAAAUGACAACGAUGGAGAUGAGGAAGAAGAAAGUAAUGGAGAUGGUCCUCAACCGGACGACGAAUUUAAUUUGGACGAGGUUUUACGUUUGGGUGGAACCCGAGUAAGUAACGUUGAGGCUAGCACUGCAGGCUAACUAGCAAAUGUAUCCUGCUGCUAGCACUACCACAACUGCGACAUAUAUGUAAACACGUGGCUUUCUCCCAAAAUGUUGAAUAAACUGUUUCAGUUGUUCAACUGUUAAUACUAUUUAUAUUUGAUCGACCUUCAUGUGCUUUAUCUGGCACUGUCGGUAGAUAUUGAUGAUGAUGCUAGGUAGCUACUGUAGCUAGCUAACGUUAGUUGCCUGGAAACCCGACGAUGAAUUGCAUUGAAUUCUACGUCGUGCAAAAAUGAGUGUUUGGAUCAGGAAAGUUUCCUCUCACGACCUCUACAAGCCAGUAUGUUGAAUAAAAUUACAUUUAAACAUACUCUACUGGUUGUUACCGCUGUUGGUCCUUUUGCCGAUGGGAAUUCAAGACAAUAUAUCCACAGGAAAGUAUAAUUAAAUCACCUUAUCAAAGCGCUCAUAGUGCGUUCAGAUUUCUAUCACCUGAAGCAUGCACAGAACCAUGUAAACAUGUGCACAAGCUCGGCACCUAUACAUGUUUGGCCUGCAUGUAUUUUCAUCUUGUGGGCAUGCUUCAGGUGAUAAAAAUCUGAACACAUAACCAGCGCUGUGAAAAUUUGAUUUAAUUGUAACUUUCCUGUGGAUAUAUUGUAUCACAUUCCUACCUACAAAAGGACCAACUGCAUGGACAACCGGUAAACUAAGUUAAAAUAUAAUUGUAUUCAACAUUCUGGCUUGUAGAGGUCUGUGAGAUUCAAACGCUAAUUUCUGCUCUAUGUAGAAUUCAAUGCAAUUCAACAUUGGGUUUCCAGGCAAGGUACUACAAUAUAGCUAACGUUAGCUGCUUGCAAGUGGUUGUACUUGGCUUGCAAGUGGUUGUACACAGACAAGUCAUGACUGUAAAAUCACCUGUUUUCUCAUGGCUUUUUACUUGUCCCGGUGUAGGCUGACUUUGCCCUGCUUGCCACCAUCAUUGAUGAGAACGACCUGAUCGACGGUGGAAAGAAAGGAGCCAUAGAUGACCUGGAACCUGGCGAGUUGGAGACGUUCAUCACCAAGCUGGGCAUCCGCUCAUACAAAGAACAACAGAUUGUUCCAGACGAACCUACAGAGGAAGAGAAGGCAGAGGCCAGCCAAAAGGAGAGAAAAAAGGCUGAUGCCAAGAAAGCCAAGUCAGAUGCUCAGAAGCCCAAGCCAGAGCCUAAAGGCAAGGACCUGCCUGCCACAUCUACAGUGGAGACGAAGAAUAAGAAAAAUAAAGAGACAGCAAAAACCAGCAUCCCAGCCACUGGAAAGAAAGCUAAACUAAAUGCCAACAUAUUUGAGUUUCUGCCGAGGCAGCUGCUGCUGAUCAAACCAGGUGGCAAGUGGUUUGACAUGGAGUACACCGCAGAGGGUACCUCUAACCCACAGGAUGAGUCUCAUGUCUCCCAGUACAAGGCCCUGGCUAUCAAGCUGUUUGAGGCUGAGACUGGGCUCUACAAGAGCAAGAAGAACAUGCAGAAGGGGGCCAACUCCGCCUGGAUGAAAAAUGUGGUCUCCGCAGGGACGCUGGCUGACAGGAUGGCAGCCAUGACAGUUCUGAUCCAGGACGCCCCGGUACAGAGCAUAGAGCAUGUGGAGAACCUUGUCUCCAUGGUGAAGAAGAAGGGCAGUCGCAGACAGGGCCUGAUGGCUCUGGACACUCUCCGAGAACUCUUCAUGUCCGACCUGCUGCCAGUGAACCGCAAGCUCAGGACCUUUGCCCAGCAUCCCUUUGACAAGCUGGAGCAGAAGGCGAGCGGAAACAAGGACGCGCGCGAUCGCCGCCUCAUCCUGUGGUACUUUGAGCACCUUCUGAAGCACCAUGUAGCCGAGUUUGUGGUGGCCCUGGACGACCUCGCCCACGACACGGUGGCAGCCACCAAGGCCAAAUCUCUGGCCACUGCCCACGAGCUGCUGAUCAACCGGCCCGAGCAGGAGAGGGCCCUUCUCAUCCAGGUGGUCAACAAGCUGGGAGACCCUGAGUACAAGACGGCAGCCAAGGCCUCCUACCUGCUGGAGACCCUGCUGCACAAGCACCCCAACAUGAAGGCGGUGGUGUGCAGCGAGGUGGAGCGCCUCAUGUUCAGGCCCAACAUCAACCUGAAGGCCCAGUACUACGCCGUGUGCUUUCUCAACCAGGUGCUGCUGAGCCACGACGAGGCCGAGCUGGCCAGCAAGCUCAUCUCCAUCUACUUCUCCUUCUUCCGAGCCUGCAUCAAGAAGAAGGAUGUGGAGUCCAAGAUGCUGAGCGCCCUGCUGUCGGGCGUGAACAGGGCCUAUCCCUAUGCCAAGGCCGGGGACGAGAAGGUGAAGGAGCAGUUAGACACGCUGUUUAAAGUAGUGCACCUGGCCAAGUUCAACACGGCCGUCCAGGCUCUCAUGCUGCUCUUCCAGGUGAUGGACUCUCAGCAGAUCAUCUCAGACCGCUACUAUGUGGCUCUCUACAGGUAAACUGCACUUCUAGACUUGUUGGUGUGAUCAAGUAGAAUGGCUGUAUGUUGUAUCAAAUCCUGUCCAAAAAACGUUGACAUGUGUAUUUGGUUGCUCUCUGUUUCUUAAUAGUUGUCUAAUUUAUGCUAACUUGAUAGUAUUUAGUCAUGGGAUCUCAUUUAGCACUUUCUUAGUCAAUGUUAUAGUAACCAUGCCUUUGACUAUACUGAACAAAAAUAUAAAUGCAACAUGCAACAAUUUCAACGAUUUUACUGAGUUACAGUUCAUAUAAGGAAAUCAGUCAAUUUAAAUAAAUGUAUUAGGCCCUAAUCUAUGGAUUCACAUGCCUGGGCAGGGGCGCAGCCAUGGAUGGGCCUGGGAGGGCAUAGGCCCACAGCCAAUCAGAAAUAGUUUUUCCCCACAAAAGGGCUUUAUUGCAGACAGAAAUACUCAUCAGUUUCAUCAGCUGUCCGGGUGGCUGGUCUCAGACGAUCCCGCAGGUGAAGAAGCCGGAUGUGGAGGUCCUGGGCUGGUGUGGUUACACGUGGUCUGCAUUUGUGAGGCCGGUUGGAUGUACUGCCAAGUUCUCUAAAACAACGUUCUAGGCGGCUUAUGGUAGAGAAAUUAACAUUGAAUUCUUUGGCAACAGCGCUGGUGGACAUUCCUGCAGUCAGCAUGUCAAUUGCAUGCUCCCUCGAGACUUGAGACAUCUGUGGCAUUGUGUUGGGACAAAACUGCACACCAGUGGCUUUUUGUUGUCCCUAGCACAAGGUGCACCUUUGUAAUGAUCAUGCUGUUUAAUCAGCUGCUUGAUAUGCCACACCUGUCAGGUGGAUGGAUUAUCUUGGCAAAGGAGAAAUGCUCACUAACAGGGAUGUAAACACAUUUUUGCACAAAAUCUGAGAAAAAUAAGCUUUUCUGUGCGUAUGGAACAUUUCUGGGAUCUUUUAUUUUACAUUUGAUAUUUGAGUCAUUUAGGAGACACUCUUAUCCAGAGCGACUUACAGUAGUGAGUGCUUGCAAUUUUGUUAUUUUUCGUACUGGUCCCCUAUGGGAAUCAAACCCACAACCCUGGCGUUGCAAGCCCCAUGCUCUACCAACUCAGCUCAUGAAACAUGGGACCAACACUUUACAUGUUGCGUUAAUAUUUUUGUUUAGUAUACAAUGAUGUUGAAUUGAUGCAUCUAUGUUUUCUGGUUUACAGGAAGCUCAUGGACCCAGGUCUGUCUCUGUGCUCCAGACAGAGUAUGUUCCUCAACCUGCUGUAUAAGUCUCUGAAGGCAGACAUCGUCCUGCGGCGGGUCAAAGGCUUUGUGAAGAGGCUGCUGCAGGUCAGCUGUGAGCAGAACCCUACCUUCGCCUGCGGGGCUCUCUUCCUGGUGUCAGAGGUCAUGAAGGCCAAACCAGGCCUCAAGAUGCUGCUGCAGGAGGGUGGGGUAAGGCCAAGCUCAAUGACAUCGGCAUAAAGUACUAGUUAUUUUCAUAUUGUGCACAAUCACAUAAUGGAACUCUUGGGGAAUGUUUCCCAGGCACAGUUUAAGACUAGUCCAGGACUAGACUUAAUCUAUAUCUGGGGAAACCAGCCAUUAGAUUAAUUUAUACUAAUGAUUUUGUCAUCAUGUCACUUGAUCUCACAUAUUAUGAUAUGAUUGCAGGAUGGUGAAGAGGAGAAUUUCAAAGAUCUUAAGGAAGAAGAGGAUGAUGAGGAGAGGUUUGUAGAUGCGGAUAAGGUGGAGGAAGGACAGCGUGAGAUCAAACCUGAACAUCCCAAGCCCACUGCAUCGUCGUGGGUACAUCACCAAAACAUUGAAGGUGAGUUUUAUUAUUAAGACCACCUUCUUAACAUUAUUUUCAAUUCACAUAUUUGGGGAAAUCCUACAGCCAGAUACUUAUAAAUGCAUUGACAUAUUUGUAUUGUAAUUACUGUAGACAUUUUUGUUGUAAUGUAAGUAUAGCUAUGUUUUGAUUGUUACUCCUGCAUAUUCAGUAGUCACCUUUCCCCCUCUUCAUGCAUACUCGUUCUUCUGUUGUCCAGGUGGGAAGAGUAUGGAGACAUACGACCCGUUACACAGAAACCCACUAUUCUGUGGGGCUGACCACACCACCUUAUGGGAGCUGCAAAGGGUGAGCCUCAUGACAAUAUUGGGUGCCUCCCAAAUGGCACCCUUUUCCCUAUAUAGUGCACUACUUUUGACCACGGCCCGUAUUGCACUAGAUAAUAGGGUGCCAUUUGGGACGCAGCCAUUGUGUGAUGAGAUAAAGAUGUGUUAUGGGCUUGCUUGAGAAAAGGUACUGUACUAUAGGAUAAUCCACUUAUGUUGUUCUUUUACGUCAUGUCUUUCCUCAGCUCUCUGCACAUUUCCACCCAUCGGUGUCACUGUUUGCCAAGACAAUCCUACAUGUAAGAUUAACUGUUUUUUUGUUUAUUUGCAUGGGGAAACUGUGCUUAUUACCAAAAAAAUCAUACAAAGAAGUUGCCUGUAUAACAAUGGGCCCGGGUGGGUAUCAGGGCUAUCCUUAAUACUACUACUUGAGUUUUUCUGCGUUAAUUCAUCCCUUUCCCUCUGCAUCAUGUCCUCAGGGAGAGUUCAUCAACUACACAGGAGACCCUCUCCAGGACUUCACUCUCAGCAAGUUCUUGGAUCGCUUCGUCUUCAGGAAUCCCAAACAACUGAAGGGCAAACGUAAUAUUUUCAAAUGCCUUUUUCUCUCAGUACACCAGAAAUGUACUUCAUUGCCGAUUCACAUUAUUAAUCAACUGUCUGGUCUCGGUUCAUUCCCCAAAUCAGUUAUUCACACUGCCUUUUGGUCUUGGUUGAAACUGUUUUCAUCUCAAUCAUUCACAGAAAACACAGACACUACAGUUAUGAAGCCCAAACAGAAGCUGGCCAUGAAUAACAUCCACAAUUUACCUGGUGAGUGUGUCUUUUGAAUCACUAUGAAGAAUGAUAAAGGGGUCCCUUUAUUGAGCAGAAGUAAGGAAAUUCACCUUUUCUCCCAUCUCUCAGUGAACUGUGAAGAGUUCCUGUCCAAUGAGGAGAGUCAGAUUCCUGUGGAUGAGGUCUUCUUCUAUCGGUGAGUAAGAAUGAUUAUAUAGACAUACCUUUAGAGUAACACUAUCAGAUUUUAAAAUAUGAAUAAGGCAGCAAAGAAAAUUCUGUUAAUGGUCUAUUGUUUGAGUGAUUCAAGUUCUGGACUGUCUUUAAAUACCCUAUUUUGCCCUGUUUCCCAUGCUAGGUUCUUCAAGAAACGGGAAGCGGAGAAGGCGCUGCGUCGGCCACGAGGAGAUGGAGAUAACGAGAGUGUGGAGGACGUGGACGAUGAUGAGUUUGAGAAGCUGCUCGGUAAGUUCAAGGACUCUGAAAUGAACUGUUAUUGGUCAAAAUUCAGGAAAUAGGUCAAUGUAUAUCAGACUUCAGGCUCAUCUUUGGUUGCCUUCUCGCCCUAUCCAGAUUCAUACGAGGGAGACAGUUACUUCACUGACUUGCCAGUUGAUGCAACAGACCUGGACUUUGCAGGGUAAGUUUGAUAAAGCUUUUCAUUCAGAUAUCAUCAGUGAUUCACCUAUCAAAUAUGGCAUUGAAAUUAUUCGGUUUUCUAUACUAUACUAACAUUUUGUGUCUCUGCAUGUUGCAGCAAUGUUAAGACCAAAUCUAAGAAGGGGAAGAAGGCUGGAGAGGAUGACUCCGAGUCAGAUCUGGAUGAUGACUUGGAUGGUGAUCUGGAUGAUGAGGAGGUGUCCCUUGGCAGUAUGGACGAGGAGGACUUUGGAGAUGAACUGGAGGAGGAGGGAGGGGCCUUCAUGGACCCUGCUGGGGAGGAUGAUGAUGAGGAAGGUAUGUGAUGUCCCAAUUAUCUCUCCUUCUUCCCAAAGUGUGCACUUGUUCACUUCCCUUCACUAGUUUGAAAUGAAAUUACUGGUUUAUGAAAUAUGGUGGAAACUCCCACAAGCCCAUGCAUCCACAAGUGCAGACUUGACUCUAAUUUCUUGUCUCUUUCAGUUCCAGAACUUGAUGAUGGUGAUAUUGCUUUUGGUGGUAAGAAAAGGGCAUAAUUGUGAAUGUUAAUUAAUGUAUAUUAUAUUGUUUUCACUUCAAGAUUUAGAUGAUGAGAUGGAGGUUCCAAACAUCACUCCAGGUUCCAAAAAGAGCAAGGGCAAGAGGAAGGCAUCAGAGGAUCUUGACUUCAGUGGGUCUUUAGGUUAGUAGCUGGGCCUCUAUUUGUACUAUUGAACUCCUGAAUCUCAUUUAGGAGUGUAGAAUCGUAUCUGACAUGUUGAAAUUCUUCCAUUGUAGGUUCCAAACCAGGGAAGAAAAAUAAAGGAAAGAAGGACACAGCCAUGUUUGCAUCUGCUGAAGAGGUGAGAUGGUCAUGCCUACCAUAUUUCUCACAACUCGCAAUGUUAAGUUGGCGUGCGAUGGCUAUCCUAUUAUGGCUAUGCUAUCCAUCAGUUUGUUGAAGAGUUAGUUUCUUGUAUGAAAAUAAAGGAUAUCAUCAUUGUAAAUCCUAAUUUUAUUUUUAUUUUUUAUUUACAAGUUUGGAUUUAUGUUGGAUGAAAAUGCUGGCUCUAAGUUUGACAACAUCGGCAUGAAUGCUAUGGCCAACAAAGACAAAGCAGGUAAGCCUUUGCUUAAAUACAGUCGAUCAACCUAUUAAACAUGUCCAUGUCUUAUUGAAUACUACAGUUAGUGCCAACUGAUAGAAAAAAAGACAAAGACAAAUCGUGUAAAUGACUUUACUCAGUUGGCUAGAUACUAGCUAAAAACCACAGCAUAUCCCCAUGGAGAGAGUCAGUAACUUCACAGCAGUUUGGAGCACACCCAGUCAUACUCCGUAGUAUUCCUGUCAAAAUAGAUAGUCUCUCAAGCAUGAUGGAGCUAACUGUUAACCAACCCUAAGCCAAUAACAACUGAAUUCCGUCCAUGUCAGGGCACAUUUCAUAUGAAACAGGUUGUUGAAUACAGUUGAUGACCAAACUUCAGUAGAGGAUGCAGAGUAAGUCUGUGGUUUCUGCUCAUUGCCCCCAGGUGUCAGGCAGCUCAAGUGGGAGGCCCAGAGAGACGAUUGGGUCCGAGGCAGAGAUGUCAAGACCCUACGGAAGAAGAAGGCCAUGUUUAACAAGAAGAAACAGUUUGGCAAGCCACAGUUUGGCAAACCAAGGGCUGUCAAAAAGACUUUCAAGAAGUAGUAAUCAUUUCUGGACUUUUCUGGACCUAAGAUUACUUAUGUUUGUGUUCACACACACCUCUCUACGCCUUCUUGGAACAAUAUUCAAGGUCUUGCUCUCGAAUCUCAUAAACCCUGGCAUAUUCGCUGGA